CUGACAUGAAACAAGUCACUGGCCUCGACAAGGCAGCAUCUGCCCUCUGUAAGAAGCUUCCCAGCAAACCUUAUACAUCCACAUCUUCCAUCAAAGUCCCUGUGGUUAAAUUGCCUCCAGAAAUAUCUGCAGAGAGCACAAGCUCCACAAAAACUCAGGACGAUGGUCAUUGUUCUAAAAAAUACAAGUACAGUACUAUGAACGCUUUCGAGGCCUCGAAUUUCAACGCUAAAUUUCACAGACAUGGAACAUCCGCAUCUUGGAACACACACAAAGGGUUGUCGGCCAUCACAAAGGAACGUCUUCCACCUUCAUUGGAAUCGGA